UCACAACAUAGUUAGCUGGCCAUUCGUUUUGAUUUCAAUUUUUUAUUUUCUCUCGGUUUCUCACCUUCUUCGAGUUUUCCAGAAGACCGAGAAGGAGAGAGGGAAAAAAAAAAACAGGAGGAAAAGAAAAAGAAAUGGAGCAUUGAGUUUUGAAAUUCCUUUCCUCGUUUAUGCGUCGCUCGCAUUGAUUUUUCCGUGGGUUUCUCGGGAAAAUCUAGGGGAAAGAGUUGUUGGAUUAGAUUUUCUUUUCCCUUUUCCGGGAGGAGGGACUUUUGUUGGUGUGAAGUCUGCGUGCAUUUGGGUUGAAUAGAUCUGAGGAUUUUCCGGCUGCUGGAGGUGCGGCCCGGCGAUCUCUUUGCGGUUCUGGUGGGAAGAUUGAUGAGUUCGAUUUCCUGGAAAGUACAGAAGAGCGUAGAGAUUUUUUUCUGACACGGUUGACACGGUUUCUUUCUGUCAACGCGUGGCCGAUGGAAUUGGGCUCGUGUAAUGCAAAGGAGAAAGGCUUCUCCAAUCGGGUUUGAGUGUCUUCGUUUGAAACAGUAUCGCAAGGGCAUCACUGUUGUCAGAGAUCUGAAGUCAAUUUUUGAUUCAACAUUCCCGUACAUUUUUGCAGCAGCAGAAGGAGAAUAUAGAGUAAGAAAGUGAAGAUGAUGCGGGUGAAGAAUAAACCGACAGGGCUGUCAUCGAUCAAUGGUGGCUCAGCCGGCGAUGGUGGCGAGUCAGGCCCAGUGGAAUGGGAGCUGAGACCAGGAGGAAUGCUGGUACAGAGACGAGACCCGAAUUCUGAUCGGAGCUCCGUUCCCGCUCCCACCAUUAGAGUUAGGGUUAAAUUCGGCUCCAUCUAUCACGAAAUCUAUAUCAGUUCUCAAGCCACCUUCGGGGAGUUGAAGAAGAUGUUGUCAGGGCCAACAGGGCUUCACCACCAAGACCAGAAGCUGUUGUUCAAGGACAAGGAGAGGGACUCCAAUGCCUAUCUUGACAUGGCCGGUGUCAAGGACAGAUCGAAAAUUCUGUUGGUUGAGGACCCUAUUAGCCAGGAGAAGCGAUAUCUCGAGAUGCGAAGAAAUGCUAAGAUGGAAAAGGCCUCAAAGUCGAUCUCCGAAAUCAGUUUGGAGGUUGACAGGCUCGCUGGCCAGGUAUCAGCUCUUGAAUCGGUUAUUUCCAAAGGUGGUAAAGUUGCAGAAAAAGUGAUGUUGAAUCUCACCGAGUUGUUGAUGAAUCAGCUGAUUAAUUUGGACAGUAUAAUCGCGGAUGGAGACGUUAAAUUGCAGAGGAAAAUGCAGGUGAGAAGAGUGCAGAAGUAUGUCGAAACUCUAGAUAUGUUGAAGAUAAAGAACUCGACCUCUGACAGCGAUGGAGAUCAAAUGCCAAUGCAGCAUCAGCAGAAGCGACAGUCUAACGGGCAAAGACCACCAGCAGCAGCGCCACCACUAAUUCAACAGCUGCAGCAACCAAGGCAUUCAGUAGCCCACCUGCCAAUACAAAUGCAUCAGCAGCCGCCACAGCCAUCAAGGCAUUCAACAUCAGGGCCUGUUGUUGUGACCACAAAAUGGGAGACUUUCGAUUCUGCCUCAGCCCCACCACUAGUGUCGGCGCCCCCCACAUCCGCGACCACUGCAGCCAACAUCAAUCCAGUUCAUCCUAAACUCAAUUGGGAAUUCUUCGAUUGAAUGAGUAUAAAAACUAGUUUUUAUCUGUCUUUGUGUUGUGUGGAUGUGUGGUUUUGGGUUUGCCUGUAGUUGGUUUGGUGUCUACUCUCCAUUCUCCAUUCUCCAUUCUUUUCUGUACUUAGAUUUUGUUAGCACCCACCUUGAAUUUGUCCAUUCAGUUGAUCAGAAAUAAAUGGGGUUACAUCUUACAUCUUACAA